UAAUUGAAAAAUGGCUGCUGACCUUUCGGAGUAAAUAUGAUUUUUUUACGGUGGUUUGGUUAAUAUUUUUGUACGUGUGGUGGUUAUUAGUGCUUCUUAUGACUCUGAAGAAAAUCAGGGACGUCUUCCAUGUAUUUCUAAUGCUCAGGUGUAAGAAAUCCCAUUACCAUUUACUUAUUUCCUAGUGAAUGGUCCCACUUUGCUCGUUACCAUAGCUGUAACUAUGGAUUUGAUACAAGAUGAAGACAGGCGGCGGCGGCUACGCCACCUCCAGGAGAAGAUCCAGGAUCCAAGAGGGAUAGGCAACAUCGACUCCCUCUUGGAUACUGUGCAGGCCCUCCACACAGACUGCGACUAUCCAGCCAUGAGGAAGAUCAAGAACAUCGAAAUGUACCUAAACAGAUACGGCGAUUUUGCCACCGAAGUCGUCAACCUCCGCAUGAAAACCGACGACUUCGAGCACAUCAAAGUGAUAGGACGCGGAGCUUUCGGCAAAGUCCAGCUAGUUCGCCAUAAACACACUCGCCAAGUCUACGCAAUGAAACGCUUAAGCAAAGCUGACUUAAUCAAACGAUCAGACUCUGCAUUUUUUUGGGAAGAAAGACAUAUCAUGGCCCAUGCCUCCUCCGAAUGGAUAGUCCAAUUGCAUUUCGCGUUUCAAGACGCCAAGCAUUUGUACAUGGUCAUGGAUUAUAUGCCCGGUGGUGAUAUCGUCAACUUGAUGUCGAAUUAUGAGAUUCCAGAGAAAUGGGCGAAAUUUUACACCAUGGAGGUGGUGCUUGCCUUAGACGUGAUCCAUUCGAUGGGGUUUGUCCAUCGCGAUGUUAAGCCAGACAACAUGCUUUUGGAUCAGAAUGGUCACUUGAAACUGGCCGAUUUUGGUACCUGUAUGCGGAUGGAUGAGGAUGGGCUUGUUAGGUCGAAUAAUGUGGUUGGUACACCUGAUUACAUUUCCCCUGAAGUGCUCCAAAGUCAUGGGAAGGGCAUCUACGGGCGUGAAUGUGAUUGGUGGUCCGUGGGGAUUUUUCUUUACGAAAUGUUGGUAGGCGAGACGCCUUUUUACGCAGAUAGUUUACUUGGUACUUACAACAAGAUAAUGUAUCACGAGAAUAAUUUAACGUUUCCUGAAGAAGUGGAAAUUUCUAAAGAGGCUAUAGCUUUAAUACAGGGUCUAUUAUGUGAUAGGACUAAACGUUUAGGACGGAAUAACGUUGAUGAGAUAAAGAAGCAUCCGUUUUUUAAAAAUGAUCAAUGGACUUUUGAGAAUUUACGAAACUCUGUACCUCCUGUGGUGCCUGAAUUGUCAGGCGAUGACGACACUAGUAAUUUUGAUGAUUACGAGAAAGAAGAAACGUCCGAAGAAGUGUUUCCAGUGCCAACUAGUUUCAUAGGAAACCAUUUACCGUUCGUAGGCUUCACUUACAAUUCCGAUUACCAAUUGUUAUCAGAUCGAAAAAAUGAUAUUGUAGAUAGCGGCAAAAUGAAUCAUCUCAACGAUAAAGACGCAAAUGCUCAAGUAACUAAACUACAACAACUCCUAGACCAAGAACGAAACACCGUGGAAGAACUGAAAGAAAAACAACGAAAAUUAAUUGCUCAAAUCAGUAGCUUAGCUCAAAACGAAUCCGCCAUCCGGGAGGAGUCGUCCAAGUACGAGAAAGAACUAACAAUCCUGAAACACAACUACAAGGAACUGCAACGCAAGGCGGAAAAUGAAAACGAGCUCAGGAAAAAAACCGAAAAGUACCUGGCCGACAUUAAGCGAACGCUCGAAGAGGAGCAGAAUAAGCGAACGCGCGAAAUGAACAACAACCAGCAACACAAUGACAAAAUCAACAUUCUGGAGAAGCAAGUCAACGACAUGCAGGAAAAACUCAAAGUCGAGACGGAAAACUGCCAAAGGUUGCGGAAACAAACCACCGAAUUGACGAUGGCAAAGGCGGCUUUCGAGCAAAAGGUGGCUGAGUAUCAGGCUGUGUUACAGAACUUACAAGCGCAAAGAGACAGUCUUCAAGCUGAAGUUGCCACCUUGCAAGGACAACUCACCCAGGAAAUUGCAGCAAGGACGCAGACUUCGGAGGAGUAUAGAGUGAUGGAAAAUCGGUUCCAGAAUGUCAACUCCGAGCUGGAGAGGAGUGUGCAACGCGAGAGGAAAAUCUUAACCGAUAACACGCAACUUACUGAAAAAGUCUCGACUCUGGAGAAGGAAUGCGCUUCUCUGUGUCUCGAACUGAAGGCAGCUCAAAAUAGAUAUCAGCAAGAGGUUAGGGCACAUGAGGAGACCGAGAGGAGUCGCUUACUGAACAAGGAAGAAGCCAAUCUGGAAGUUGUUAAAGAACUAAUGGAUAGAAUUAUUAAGGCUCUGCAAGCAAAAUUAAACGAGGAGAAAAGCGCCCGGCAAAAGGCCGAUCUAAACACCCAAGAGAAGGAGCGUCAAAUUUCAAUGUUGUCGGUCGAUUAUCGGCAAAUCCAGCAACGGCUUCAGAAACUGGAAGGCGAACAUCGCCAAGAAGUGGAAAAAGUCAAAGCUUUGCACAGUCAGCUCGAGCAGGAGCAACAAAAAAAGACCAUUUUACAGUCAGAAAUGAGUCAACAUAUUUCCGAAGUCGCCAAACUCAAAGCUCGGGAAUCACAGCUGGCAAUUGAGUUGAACCAAGUUCAAGAGGCUAAGAAGAAGCUGGAGGAGGAUUUGUUCAAGUUGAAACGGGACUGGCAGAUGGAACAGCUCCAAAUGAAAGAAUUGCAAGACUCGUUUGAAACCGAGCAAUAUUUCUCGACUUUGUACAAGACACAGACUAACGAAUUACGCGAAGAGUUGGAAGAGAAGAAUAAAAUUAAUAAAGAGUUUGAGGAAGAAUGUGCUUCGUUGAAACACCAGUGCCAGAUUGCUUUGGCUCGAGCUGAUUCAGAGGCGUUAGCACGGUCGAUAGCCGAGGAAACGAUCGCUGAUCUUGAAAAGGAAAAGACGAUGAAAGAGCUUGAGUUGAAGGAUUUGUUGGCCAAACAUCGAAGCGAAGUCAACUCGAAGGAAGUUGUUAUUAAUUCGUUGAAAGAUCGAGAAAUGGAAUUGAAAAAAAUGAACGAGCACUUGUCCAAAGAACGAGAAGAUAUAAACCGGCAAUUGAAACAGUUGCAGGAAGAGUUUAGUAAAAAGUCUGGAAAUAAUGAAGAGAUUGAUAAGUUGAAGAGCAAGCUCCAGACUGAAUCCCUGUUGAAGCAGCAAGCCGUGAAUAAGUUGCACGAGGUUUUGAAUCGCAAGGAUUUGAGGGAGACCAAAGGGAAGAGUAAGAUUUCAAACGCCGAUUUGAGGAGAAAAGAGAAAGAUCUGAAGAAGCUUCAGCAGGAAUUGAGUCAAGAAAGGGAUAAGUUCAAUCAGACUAUUAGCAACUUCCAGGCCCGCAUACAGGAAUUGACGGUGCAAUGUAAUGAAGAAAUCACUUCCAAGCAAAGGCUCCAGAUGGAGUUGGACAGCAAAGAUUCUGAAAUCGAACAGCUCCAAAAGAAACUGGCUGCCAUUAACAGCGAGACGGCGUCUUUGAGUUCAGCCGAUAACGAAGGAGACGAAAUCAACACCGAUUCGAUGAUCGAGGGUUGGCUGUCGAUUCCGUCGAAGCAAAACAUCAAACGACACGGCUGGAAGAAACAAUACGUUGUGGUGUCAAGUCGCAAAAUAAUUUUCUACAAUUCGGAGAGCGACAAACAAAACACCGAUCCUGUGAUUGUUCUUGAUCUCUGCAAAGUGUUUCACGUCCGUUCGGUCACUCAGGGUGACGUUAUAAGGGCCGAUUCCAAAGACAUCCCUAGGAUAUUUCAAUUGUUGUAUGCCGGAGAAGGCGAAGCGAGGAAAACCGACGAGCAAAGCAACUCGCUUGAUGUUAGUUCGAUGCGGAAUUUUGAAGACAAACCGGGUACUACGAUACACAAGGGUCACGAGUUCCUAAAUAUCUCCUACCACAUGCCCACGACUUGUGAAGUCUGUCCUAAACCUAUGUGGAACAUGUUCAGACCUCCCCCUGCUUUAGAGUGUCGAAGGUGUAGGAUAAAGAUCCAUAAGGACCACCUAGAGAAGAAGGAGGACACCGUGCCUCCGUGUAAACUACACUAUGACCCUUCUUAUGCCAAAGAACUCCUCCUGCUUGCCCCUUCGAUAGACGACCAAAAGCAAUGGGUGUGCAAACUGAGCCGGAAAAUUCAGAAGUGUGGAUUCAAAGCCAACAAUUCCAAUGCCAUAGAUUCAGCUAAAAUAUCGCCUAGGGAAUCAACUCGUUCUAGUUUGAAGCCAUAUAUGAAUAUCCAGCAACGAUCUGCAACUCUGCCUGCUAAUUCUUCAAUGAGUGGCAAAUGACUUUGAAUCUUCAAUUAAGUUAACUUUGAAUCUUGAAUGCUUCUAGUUUCAUCACUAAAAUACUGAUACAGAAUAUACUUGUUACUCUCUAUACAUCACUGUAUCAACCAGAUUAAAAUUCUUGAUAUCUGUUUCGUUGUGGCACUAAAUCUUAUUACGAUACUUAACAGUUAAUCUAAAGGAUGUUUUUGCAUCGGUAAUGAAUUGUCUCAGUCGGUUGCUGUUCGCUAAAUUCUAACUACGACGCUGUACUAAUUAAAUUUUUGUAAAGGUGCUAAUCUGUUUUGUAAAAAGUUUUUUUAAUUAAGAAAUUCUCUAAUCAGUGCUUACGAGUUUUUUGACAUGACAUUCCUUACAGUACAGUAAUGUACUUUUCUAUUUUAGUUGUACAUUGUUUGUUGUUUUUUAGAGUGUACAAAUUAUUUUAAUGCGAAUUUUGAUUAUGUAUAAUUGUGUAUUUAUUAAUCUUUGUUUCUUUUUUUCUAUUGUAAAAUUGUGCCUUAAACAUUCAUUCGUGGUUGGUACUAUUGUACCAACCGCCACACCAAUAAGUUAUUUAAUAUAAUUUCGGCAUUUCAGGUAGUAAAAUGAAACGAUUUUUGCCUUAUGUAUUAUACAAGAUGUAAACCAAAUGGACAAUUCUAAAUAAAUUGUUCUUAUUUA